AUGAAUCAAGAUAAAUCUAUUUCAACCACUCCCAAGCCCAAGAGAAGCCCCAAGGGGUCUGCUCUGGUGACUUCAAACGUGCUCUUGCGUCCUGCAAAGGGCUCUCCAAAUUCAUCUUCUCCUAAGGAGGCCACUGGGAAAAACGAACCUGCGAAUUCUACUCCCAAAACGAGUUUUCGCCCUAUUGUUAACACUACUACUGUUGUGCGUCGUUCGGGUGAAUUCCAUGCACCUGUACAACCGUACAAUCCAACAGUUGCUGAGGCGGCAAACUCAGGAAGCAGUACGGCAUCGCUAUACAAGCGUGCUACUGCAUCCCACACAUCGCCUAAAACAAGGAGAAUUCGUUCUAGUGCUGCUGUACGAAGCACCUCUGCUUCGGCUAGGGCUGCCCAGCACGACCACUUAAGACCCGAUGUUCAGGAUCUUUCCAGAUCUGAUCUUAUCGAACUGGAUUCCAACGAGGAGGAGAUUGAUAGUGAUUCCUUAUGUAUGGAAGGCGCGAGUGCUCUUCCCGUUUCACCGCCGAAUCAACAAAAUACCGCUCAGAAUGUUGUUGCCGAGCCCGUUCCCUUGCAGUCUGAUGACUUGGAAACCCAGGUUUGCGAGUAUUGGGGUAUCUUCCUCCUCGAGGAUUUUGUCUGGUGUUUCUUGCUGCAGCGACCAUAUUUCUGCGCGUGCUCGAGCUCGGUUUGGGAUUUUUCGUCUUGCGCGGAUGACUUUUUGACGCUGGAUUUGUGCCUUGAUGUAAAUUCUGAUAAAUCUAUUUCAACCACUCCCAAGCCCAAGAGAAGCCCCAAGGGGUCUGCUCUGGUGACUUCAAACGUGCUCUUGCGUCCUGCAAAGGGCUCUCCAAAUUCAUCUUCUCCUAAGGAGGCCACUGGGAAAAACGAACCUGCGAAUUCUACUCCCAAAACGAGUUUUCGCCCUAUUGUUAACACUACUACUGUUGUGCGUCGUUCGGGUGAAUUCCAUGCACCUGUACAACCGUACAAUCCAACAGUUGCUGAGGCGGCAAACUCAGGAAGCAGUACGGCAUCGCUAUACAAGCGUGCUACUGCAUCCCACACAUCGCCUAAAACAAGGAGAAUUCGUUCUAGUGCUGCUGUACGAAGCACCUCUGCUUCGGCUAGGGCUGCCCAGCACGACCACUUAAGACCCGAUGUUCAGGAUCUUUCCAGAUCUGAUCUUAUCGAACUGGAUUCCAACGAGGAGGAGAUUGAUAGUGAUUCCUUAUGUAUGGAAGGCGCGAGUGCUCUUCCCGUUUCACCGCCGAAUCAACAAAAUACCGCUCAGAAUGUUGUUGCCGAGCCCGUUCCCUUGCAGUCUGAUGACUUGGAAACCCAGGGAUCUAAAUAAAGAACUUUGCUGCACACCUCUCAUGUUUGGCUGUUUUGAGGCCCUUUUUCUGCCUGCUGUCACUGCUUUUAUAUAAAUCUGCGCCCUCUUGUGGGAAACUUUGCUUCUGGAUAGUGCCGCAACGCGGGACACUUUUUAUAUAUAUUGAUCGUCUGCCUGAACACGUCAUGUAGUGGAAAUGGGCUAAUCAAUGUGUGAUGCUAUCUCCAUAAACUCUAUGAUAAUGCAGAGAUUCAUACAUGCUCUCUUGCAACAACGUUUUGUAUAUUUUAGACCUUGGAGUCAACAUAUUCUUCAGACAUGAUGCUGUUCCUGCAACUUUCUCUCGGCUGGCACCCCACUGGUGCGCAUCUCCAUGCCCGUUCCUGGGAUUCAUUUGGCUGCGCCCACGCCUGCCACAUAAACGCUUUCCAUGGUACUACUGGAUCUUCACAGCAGCUACAUCUACAACUACACUAUUCAUACUUAUAUUUACUAUUUAAGAUUAUUAUUGUCAUACGUUU